GUGUUACCCAUCACUUCACACGCUCUGGGUCGUGAAGAAACAACUUUACCAUCGCUUCCCAAAGAUGUCGCUGGGAGUUAGGGAGAGGGAGACGCGGAGAGGAACGUAGAGACCAAAGGGUGCAGUUUCGUAGGAACAGAUUUCGAGACCGCACGGCCUGAAGAUGGCUGAGGUUCCCUCUCAGUCAGAGCGGUCUGCCUCCCACGAACCCAGUGGCGACUUCAAGAAGCCAGCCCUGCCGGUGCCCCCGUCUGUGCGGGGUAAAGUCCGGGCCACCAGUCCCUCAAACCCUGAGGAAGUGAAGAAGGAACGGCCUACGGCGCUGCUGGACCCGGAUUCCCUGGAACCCGAAGUCCCGCCGCCUGGGCCGGACAGCGAGGAGACUAGUUCACAGGAGAAGCAGCCGUGUUCCCAAACAGCGGGUUCCUCCGCUGGCGAGCCGGCCCGGGCUCCCCCCUACCGAGAGCCGCCAUGGGGCGGCCCGGCCACGGCCUCCUACAGUCUAGAGACUCUGAAAGGCGGCACCAUCCUUGGCACCCGUAGCUUAAAAGGGACGAGUUGCUGCCUUUUCGGGAGGCUGUCUAGCUGCGAUCUGUGCCUGGAGCACCCUUCGGUGUCUCGGUACCACGCCGUGCUGCAGCACAGGGCGUCCGGCCCCGACGGAGAAUGCGAAGGCCAGGCGCCGGGCUUCUACCUCUACGAUCUGGGAAGCACGCAUGGCACUUUUCUCAACAAAACUCGAAUCCCACCCCGGACCUAUUGUCGGGUCCAUGUCGGGCAUGUUCUUCGCUUUGGAGGCAGCACCCGGCUCUUUAUCCUGCAGGGACCAGAGGAGGACAGAGAGGCAGAAUCCGAGUUAACAGUAACGCAGUUGAAGGAUUUGCGCAAGCAGCAACAAAUGUUAGAGAAGAAGAUGCUAGGAGAAGACUCAGAUGAAGAAGAGCAAAUGGAUACCACUGAAAGGAAGAGAAAUACUAGUAGCCAAGAUGAUGAGAUGGGUUGCACCUGGGGAAUGGGAGAAGAUGCUGUAGAGGAUGAGGCUGAAGAGAACCCCAUCGUCUUAGAGUUUCAGCAGGAAAGGGAGGCCUUUUACAUAAAGGAUCCAAAAAAGGCUCUCCAAGGUUUUUUUGACCGAGAAGGAGAAGAAUUAGAAUAUGAAUUUGAUGAACAGGGGCAUAGUACUUGGCUGUGCAGGGUGAGAUUACCUGUGGAUGAUUCAACUGGGAAACAACUCAUGGCUGAGGCCAUUCACUCAGGAAAGAAAAAAGAAGCAAUGAUCCAGUGCUCACUGGAAGCUUGCCGGAUCCUUGACACUUUAGGAUUGCUGCGGCAGGAAGCAGGUCAGUAUAUGGGAAUCCUUUUUUUCUUUAAAAAAAAAAAAAAAAAAGAGGGCUGGCUGGUUAGCGCUUUUGAUAGUCGAGAGGAAUCAAAGGAAUUUGGAGGAGUAUGGAGUGGUAAUAGUCUGAAACACUAUAUCCUUCCUGAAAUUAUCAUAAGGGUAAAAGAAGAAAAACAUUUGCUAACCCUGUUGAUUUGGGUGUUACAGGUUGCAAAGUUAAAUGAUGCUGAAAGGGAACUCUCUGAAAUUUCUGAGAGGCUAAAAGCCUCAAGCAAAGCUCUAUCAGAGUCACCAUCUCAGGAUUCUUUAGAUGCAUUCAUGUCAGAAAUGAAAUCAGGGAGUGCAUUAGAUGGUGUGUCCCGGAAGAAACUUCACCUGAGAACUUUUGAACUAAGGAAAGAACAACAGAGACUUAAAGGGUUAAUAAAAAUUGUAAAGCCAGCAGAGAUUCCAGAACUAAAAAAGACCGAAAGUCAGACUACAGAUGCAGAAAACAAAGCUAAAAAGCUUACAUUGCCUCUUUUUGGUGCCAUGAAAGGAGGAAGCAAAUUCAAACUAAAAACUGGAACAGUAGGGAAGUUACCCCCUAAGCGUCCAGAACUCCCUCCAACUCUAAUGAGGAUGAAGGAUGAGCCUGAAGUAGAGGAAGAGGAGGAAGAGGAAGAGGAAGAAGAGAAAGAAAAGGAGGAGCAUGAAAAGAAAAAAAUGCAGGAUGGAAGCAGUAGGCUGAAGCAGGAAAUAGAGCCAGAUGCAGCAGUGCAGGAAACAAGUCCUCCCACAGAUCUCACAUGUGCUAAAGACACAAAAAAACGUGAAAACAUGUCUCAACUCAGCCAGGUGGAACAAAAUAAUCAAGAGAUUAGCAAAACAACUUCAUCACGCAAGGAACCCUCAGCAUCAAAGAAUGAAUAUGAGAAAAGCAGAGAUGAAUUGAAAAAAAAGAAAGCUUCUGGUCCAUGCAAACUUCUGCCAACACUUUCUUCCAAAUAUCCUGAAGAUGACCCGGACUACUGUGUAUGGGUCCCACCUGAAGGCCAAAGUGGAGAUGGCAGAACCCACCUUAACGACAAGUAUGGCUAUUGAUUCCUUCAGAAUCCCAAAGGAAGACCUGUGGACCAUGCAACAUGGGAUAUUUGGGAUAAUAUUAUCUAGUCAAAUGGCCAGAGAAGUUCAGAUGAUUGUUUGUAAACUCUGGUGACUGGCCUUUUCUUCUGUACUCUUAGCUUCCAAAAUUUAUCGGCCCAUCUGAGUCUCCUGAAUUUGGUAUUUAUGUUUAUAAGUGUUUGUUUAUGUAUGUAAAAAGGGAACCAUAUAUUUUGGGAGUUAGUAAAGUUAAGAGACAUGACCCUAUUAAAGUGAGAAGACAAAGAUGUUCCUAAUGUUGA